ACGACGGGAUUAGCAGCUCACAACACGGAUGCGUGACCAGAUCAACACCACCCUCACGCGCCUCCCUCAUAAGUGAGCAUUACCGCUCCUGUCUCCUCACUAAUUGGAAUUGCAUGUGUUCGGUGCAUUAGUCGUAGAGGUGAAGGAGACCUGGAUCCCACCCCCCUAUACUUGAUCCGCUUUGCAGCGACGGAGGAGGAGGAGGAUUGUGGGAUUGCCUGAGCGUGUGUGCGGAAUUGAUUGCUCCAUCGCCGCGAGAUGGAGUCGCACAAGGUGAAGAAGAAGAACCGGGUGCCCAUCCGGGCUCUGAUCCAAGUUGCUAGCGUUGCGGCUGGGGUGCAAUUCGGUUGGGCUUUGCAGUUGUCGUUGCUGACGCCUUAUGUGCAGGAGCUCGGUAUCCCGCACGCAUGGGCGAGUUUUAUCUGGCUGUGUGGACCGAUUAGUGGCAUGAUCGUGCAGCCCAUUGUGGGGCAUUACAGUGAUAGCUGCACGAGUAGCUAUGGGAGGAGGAGACCGUUUAUUCUCUCCGGUGCGGCCCUGGUGGUCGUGGCGGUGCUCAUCAUCGGGUACUCUGCUGAUCUUGGGUACCUCCUGGGUGAUGAGCUGAUGGGCGCGACCCGCCCGCGUGCUGUGCUUAUCUUUGUGUUCGGGUUCUGGGUGCUCGACAUGGCGAACAACACCCUCCAAGGUCCCUGCAGGGCGCUGCUGGCGGAUUUCACUGGCAAGGAUCAGAAGCGGAACCGCAGGGCCAACGCAUUCUUCUCGCUGUUCAUGGCCCUUGGGAACAUUCUGGGAUUCGCAACUGGAGCGUAUGAUGGAUGGUACAAGGUCUUCAAAUUCACCCAUACCAAGGCUUGCGACAUUGCCUGCGCCAAUCUGAAGUCCGCGUUCCUGUUGGGGGUGACUAUAUUGUUGAUCACCACAUUCUUGAGUGUGACGGCGGCCAGCGAGAUUCCGUUUGAUCCCAAGAAUGCGGUCAAGAGAACAGCUUCGAAGUCCGUGACGCAACCUCUGUUGACUGGUAAGCCUGCGGAUGAGAUCUCUAGCAGUGCUGCGGGUGGUGAAUCGUCGGAUGAUGAUGAUGAUGAAGACGAGCACGAGUCCGAGGCGCUGUUCUGGGAGCUGAUGGGAGCUUUGAGGGACCUCCCAAGGCCAAUGUGGUGCAUUCUCUUCGUCACGGCGCUCACUUGGAUCGCGUGGUUCCCCUUCCUUCUCUUCGACACUGACUGGAUGGGACGGGAGGUUUACGGCGGAGAGCCUUCUGAUCCCAUCAGGAGCAACUUUUACUACGAUGGUGUGCACAUGGGUUCGCUUGGGCUGUUGCUGAACUCCGUCGUGCUUGGUCUGUCCUCCCUCUGCAUCGAUUUCGUGUGCAGGAAGCUUGGGUCCAGCUACGUCUGGGGAAUUGCCAACGUGAUCAUGGCGGCCUGUUUCAUCGGAACUGGUGUGGUAACGCGUGCCGCGGCUCAAGCAGCAGCGCUCAACCCUGGUGCCGGCCCACCUGAUUACGUGAUCUACUCCGCUCUGGUGAUAUUCUCAAUUCUGGGAGCUCCCCUCGCGGUGACGUACUCAGUGCCAUACUCACUGACAGCAACUUACACAGAGAAAGUGGGCGGUGGACAGGGCCUGUCUGUGGGCCUGUUGAAUCUCGCUAUCGUCGCACCGCAGAUGGUUGUGUCCGUGGGGAGUGGGCCUUGGGACGAGCUCUUCGGCGGAGGCAACAUGCCAGCCUUUUUGUUUGGAGCUGGAGCUGCCUUCAUUGGUGGUAUUGCUGCCGUGCUUCUUCUGCCCCGCCCCCCGCCGGAUUUCACCACCCGGAACAGUCUUCGCAGGACUCACAGCUCCCCCAUCCCUUAAAUCCAUAUAGAUUGUGAUAUCUGAUGCAUAGUGCCUUCGUUUUUUCUGUAGAAGGCUCGAAUUAUGGUAGAUCGUUGCGACAAAAAAAACCUAAUUAAUCUGUCGUCUAAAAUGUGGACUGACAGCGUGGUCUUCCGUCUAUUAGAGUUUUAAGUGUUAUAUUAUGUAUGAUAGAAUAUGCUGGUUUGGCAAGUGAUAGGAUGUUGAAUUGGGCAUAGAGACAGCAGGACCAUGCUACACCAAGCUAUCAAAGCUUUUUUGUGCAAAGCUUGAGGCCUGAAAUUGAAAUGGAAUGCAAAUUCUGUUGCAGAGCAUUACUUUUGAGGUUCCA